AUGGACUUCGACAAGCUCAAGAUCACUGAUCGAAAGAUCAUUGUUGGGAUUGAUUUUGGUACAACCUACUCCGGAGUCGCCUGGGCUGAGAGUCGCAAUCCAUCGAGACGAACUUGCGUCACACAAUGGCCCGUGUCCAGUUCCAACAGAGAGGGAGAAUCUAGCGACAAGGUGCCCUCAAAGCUUCGAUACAAUGGAGACAAGAUUGAAUGGGGUUUCUCCAUCCCUAUCACUGCGCCACAGGAUGAAGUCAUAGAGUGGUUCAAGCUAGACCUUGAUCCCGACCUACAAGCAAUGAGUCAAUCCUUGAGCUCCGAUGGUGCUCGAUGCAGCCGAAAUGUAGACAAGCUUGUCACGGACUUUAUUUCACAGCUUGGCGACCAUCUGUUGUACACUCUGCGCGAGAAGCUAGGCGACAGCAUCGUGAACAGCACUCCCCUCGAAUUUGUCGUCACCGUUCCGGCUAUCUGGAGCGAUCUAGCCAAAGACAAAACCAAGAAGGCAUGCCAAAAGGCAUCGGGACUUUCAGCGUCUCAGCAGCAGGUUCACCUUGUUUCCGAACCCGAGGCCGCCGCGAUUUAUGCUUUGCAUGGACUUGACCCUCAUGGACUGAAAGUUGGUGAUACUAUCGUCGUAGUCGAUGCCGGCGGUGGCACAGUUGACUUGAUCUCGUACACUAUCACUGGCCUCAAGCCCAUCCUCGAAGUCCAAGAAGCAGCUCCUGGUUCAGGGGCUCUUUGUGGCUCCACAUUCCUCAACAUGCGCUUCGCCAAGUAUCUUCGGGGCAAGCUGGGCAAGGAGGAAGGGUUUGACGAAGAAGUUAUGGCCGAAGCCAUGGAGGUGUUUGAGAAGAAGGUCAAGCGUCAAUUCACUUUGAACACAGCGCCAGACGAAACCUACAACAUCCCCGUGGCAGGUUUGGCCAACAACAAGACUCUCGGUAUUAGCCGAGGACGAUUCGCUCUGAAAGCAUCGGAUCUCAAGACCAUCUUCGAGCCAGUCGUGCUAGAGGUCAUCAGGUUGGUAAAGGACCAGAUCACGGCUAGUAACGUGCCUGUCCGCGCCAUCCUUCUGGUCGGUGGGUUUGGAGCUUCAAGCUACCUCAAAGAGCGGCUGAGGAUUUCCGUCGACAAUUCCAUCCAAAUCAUGCAGCCACCGAACGCGUGGCAGGCUAUUGUUCAAGGUGCUGUUCUCAAGGGGCUCGCCAAUGCCGCUCCGGAACUUGCUGUGGUCAGAGUGAAGAAUCGCAAGGCUCGAAAGCACUACGGCACAGAGUGGCGUGCUCGAUGGGAUGACAAGCUACACGGCCACCUCAAGAGCAACAGGACGUGGUGUGGCCUGGACGGCUGCUACAAAGUCCUCGCGAUGGAGUGGUUUAUCACCAGGGGCUCAGAGGUUUCGGAGAACGAGCCUUAUUUCACAUCCUUCGUCUGGACAGGCCCUGUCAGCAGUGGUCGCAUCCGCAAGAUCAAGAUGACAAUUUACAACGAUCAAUUGCCUCGGGAAGCACCAGUGGCCCGCGAUGAUAACGUGAAGACCCUCUCGCAUGUCGAGGCUGAUGUCAGCCAUAUUCCAGAGAACCAGCUUUCUCGUCGCCAAGGUUCAGACGGGCAAUGGUAUUAUGAAUUGAACUGCAAAAUAGAGGCAGUCUAUCUUUCAGCAUCCACCACUUACACUCUACUUUACAACGGCCAGCGAUACAACACAGUGACGUGCGAGUAUGUCUAA